AUGAUUGGAGAUAUCCCAUGUACAACAGACAAGGGAACGUGGACCGGUCCAAAUAUGGUCGAUAAAAUCUUUAUCCCAAAUGUUGAGGGAAAAGAGAUUGCAUCAACUAGUUUAGAGGUUGAAACAGAUUCUACCACCUACACCCCAACAUACAAAGGUACAUACACCUACCUAAAUAGAGACAUUUACGAAGGAUUUUGCCUGAAUGGUAAGAGACAUGGUCAUGGAAAAAUGACAUUCCCAACUAGUAGCGAUCAGGUAAUAUCGAUUGAAGGCAAUUGGAAAGAGGACGAAGUUAGCUAUCCGACAACCAUCACCUAUUCUGAUGUACGUAUCGAUUAUGAGGAUAUGUCAGGCUACAUCGCACCCCUCCAUACAAAGGUUUCACUGUUGAUCGGGCAAUUAAAGAAGCUCCAUGCCGUAAAUUUAAAGUCUUUUAACCAAAUUUUAAAAUGA